AUGACUGCCAUCUCAAAGAUCGUAAAGCCGCUUAUCAACGAGAACGCUGUAAUGGUGUUCUCGAAGAGCUACUGCCCCUACUGCAACCGCGCCAAGGCUGCACUGAAGGGCAUCAACGUCGAAUUCAAGGCUAUCGAGCUCGAUAAGGAGGCCAACGGCUCCGACAUCCAGGCGUAUCUGGCUGAGCUCACCAAGCAGCGCACGGUGCCGAACAUCUUCGUCAAGGGCCACCAUAUUGGCGGGUGCGACGAUACCCUGGCGGCCAUCAAGUCGGGCAAGAUCCAGCAGCUGAUCAAGGGCGAGCAUGCUCAGCUCUAA